GGGACUUCCCGAUUCGCCCCCAAAAAUCACAGCAACAUGAUUUGAAUUUUUCUAGUUUUAAGGCUUUUCGCACACGAGAGAGGGCAUAUUAGCAGAGUAGCAAAUUGAAGAAAAAAAAAAUAUUUACAUAUAAACGAGAAGAGUCAGAAAGAGAGAAAUAUGGGAGCUGUGAACAUCUGGAACGCCAUGGAAGUAGCAGAGGAAGCUCGAGAAAACCCGAACCUUAGCUCCGAUAUCCAGUCCUCUUCUCUCACCGUUGAUCACUCUCUCUCUCUGCCUCAAAUGAAACCUCGUAUCAUAGAGUUGUGCAAGGAUCUGUUCAAGAGAUGGUCAGAAUUGGACGAUUCUCGCUUCUCCGUAGAGACUGUUUCUGGAGGAAUCACAAAUCUAUUGCUGAAGGCUUCUGUUAAGGAAGAAAGUGGAAACGACGUGUCGGUGACAGUCAGAUUAUAUGGGCCUAACACCGAGUAUGUUAUCAAUCGCGAAAGGGAAUUGCAGGCCAUCAAAUACCUCUCGGCUGCAGGAUUUGGUGCCAAGUUGCUUGGAGUUUUUGGAAAUGGAAUGGUGCAGUCUUUUAUCAAUGCAAGGACACUAGUUGAGUCAGACAUGAGAAAGCCAAAGCUAGCUGCUGAGAUUGCCAAGCAACUACGCAAGUUUCAUGAAGUGGAAAUUCCAGGCUCUAAAGAACCUCAGCUGUGGAAUGACAUCUCCAAGUUCUUUGAAAAAGCAUCCGUUCUUGAAUUUGAUGAUAGUGAGAAGCAGAGGAUGCAUAAGAUGAUUUCAUAUAAGGAAAUUCAUGACGAAAUUGUUGAGCUCAAGGAACUGACAGGCCUUCUUAAUGCGCCAGUGGUUUUUGCUCAUAAUGACUUGCUUUGUGGAAAUCUAAUGGUUAAUGAUGAAGAAGAGAAACUCUACUUAAUUGAUUUUGAGUAUGGAUCAUACAACUAUAGAGGCUUCGACAUUGGAAAUCACUUUAAUGAAUAUGCAGGCUAUGAUUGUGACUACAGCUUAUACCCUAGUAAGGAGGAACAAUACCAUUUCUUCAGGCAUUAUUUACAACCUGACAAUCCACUGGGGCAGGUACCUGACAAAGAUCUUGAAGCUCUCUAUGUGGAGUCAAAUACAUAUAUGUUAGCUUCACACUUAUAUUGGGCUUUGUGGGGAAUAAUUCAGGCAAAAAUGUCUCCAAUUGAUUUCGAUUAUCUUGGUUAUUUCUUCUUGCGCUAUAAUGAAUACAAAAGGCAGAAAGAAAGGAGUUUCUUGCUAGCACGAUCAUACCUUUCAGGAUCUGGGACUAGGUAGAUAUUGUUAUUUUAUGUUGUAUUUUAUGAGAUUGUAAUACCGAGAUUUAGGAAGUUGCUUCCUUGAUUCGUCUAGUUAGAUAUUCCUUGUAAGAUAGGAAAAUUGAAAACAAAUACGAAUUGCAGUUUAGGGCUAUCCUUUCUGUUGUAAUUCUGAAAAUUUUCAUAUUUGAUUAAUUUACUAUUUUUAUUCCUUUAUAAAAUCCUUGUUCAACAUUUUGCCUCC